UACAAUAAUAAUAAUAACCCAAACCCAAUCACCGAAAGGCGAAGCGCAUAAAUCCAAAGCCGCACCCAAACCAUUUAUAUAGAACAACAACAAACCCAUUCCCUUCAACAAUUCUCACACACCCCUUUCCCCUUUAUUCACCGAUUUAUUCUUUGCAAAUCCAACGGAGGAUCUCUCUUGCGUUUUCCCUAGGUUUACGCGAUGGCUUCGAAGCGGAUCUUGAAAGAACUCAAGGAUUUGCAGAAGGAUCCUCCAACUUCAUGCAGCGCUGGUCCUGUUGCUGAAGAUAUGUUUCAUUGGCAAGCGACAAUUAUGGGUCCUCCAGACAGUCCUUAUACUGGAGGUGUUUUCCUAGUCACUAUUCAUUUCCCUCCAGAUUAUCCCUUUAAGCCACCCAAGGUUGCAUUCAGGACAAAGGUAUUUCACCCAAACAUCAAUAGCAAUGGAAGCAUUUGCCUUGAUAUAUUAAAGGAGCAGUGGAGCCCUGCUCUGACCAUUUCCAAGGUGUUGCUCUCGAUUUGUUCCCUGUUGACGGACCCAAAUCCUGAUGAUCCUUUGGUUCCAGAAAUUGCCCACAUGUACAAGACAGACAGGAACAAGUAUGAGUCAACUGCAAGAAGCUGGACCCAGAAAUAUGCCAUGGGUUAAUAAUUAACCAUAUGGUAUGUGAGGGAGAGCCAUUUUUACUUCAAGUGUCUAGGCCUAACCGCCUUUGUAAGAAAAAAUUUCGUCUUUCAUUAAGGCCCCUCUAGUUGAGAAUGAAUUGGGGAAAACAUUUCUUAUGUUGUUUGUACUGCAAAAUGCAAAUGCUACUUUAGAACAAUGAAAUGCAGCCUAAUUAAUUAAAAGUUUGUUCAAUGUGUUGACCAAUGUAUUAACAGUAUCACGAUGCACUUGGAUAUUGUUUGGCUUGUUUUACUAUCA